AUGCCGAUGCUGGUGCUCGCUGAAAACCACAUAAAGCAAGGCCGACUACCAGUGAAGGCAAUUGCAGGCCCGUCCCCUGCUAAGGUUCCGGCCGGCGCGAGGCUUCCCGUUGCUGAUAAUCAGGUCCUGGAUCUUUCGGGUAUGUCUCACACACAUGUGGCCAUACCCAACAUCGUCGAAUCCCUUGAAUGGGCAUCAGCUCUACUUGGAUCGGUCAAGAUUCUCAAUCUGAUAAGUGGAGAAAUCAAGUCACUGAAGGGAAUGCCGUCCAUGAACUCGCUUGAGGAACUCACGAUAUCAGCCAACAUUGCCGAUCUCCGAGGUCUCCCGGCUGCUCUCCCAUCGCUCAGACGACUAUAUUUGGAUGGCUGCAAGAUGCUCGAGUCUCUCAAGGGCAUGUCCGAGCUGCCAAAGUUAAAAGAGCUGAUAAUCCGCGCACCCGUGACCAGUCUGGAAGGGAUGCCGGCGACUCUCGUCUCACUCAAGGACCUCACCCUCGGCGACAUCUGUUUGCUCACAACCUUGAAGGGCCUUCCCUAUCUCCCAAAUAUCCAAAAGCUGGUGCUCUCGCCGGAAAUCCGAGAGCCGGGGAUCUCUGGCGCUCGUAUGGCAUCGCUUCUGGAGCUGGAUAUGCGCCAGUGCUCUUUUUUUGAUGCGCGAGACCUGCUCCAUCAACUGCCAAAGCUGCGAUCGCUGUUGCCGCCUCAAUCCAUCGACAACUUCAGCUGGCUACCGAGGACGAUCCCGUCCCUCCGGGUUCUGGAUUUGAACACCUGUCGUGUGCUUACAUCCGUGGAGGGCCUUCCCGACAUGCCGAACCUGGAGACCCUCUCUCUCCCCAACGAGCUCAAGUCCAUGCACGGCCUCCCCUCAGUCUUGCCGAGGCUGAAGUCGCUUUGUUUCAAUAAGGGCAGUCGGACCAGCGGAAACCUCUUCCAGGGCUUCCCGCAUAUGCCGGCGCUUCAGCACCUAAACCUUCUUUCCGAGCCUCACUCUUUCCGAGGGCUUCCGUCGACCCUGGAAGCGCUCACUGUCCUGGAAGUGAGUGGCUUGAAAUCGAUCGAUGGACUUCCAUACAUGCCCAACCUGCGCGAGCUCAUUCUAAAUGGCCACUAUCCACAAGCGUAUGCGCGUCGGCAGCUCAUGAACAGCAUCCAGGCCUACCGCCCAAGUUUGCAUGUGAGGCAGUAAAUGCUCGACAUACUUUGUCCGAAUACUGUCGCCACUCACUAUUUCUGGCGAUACCAAGCCUCAUUCGGAAAAAUAAAGAUUGUGUCGAAAUAC